CAAAAAAAAAAUAACUACAUCUGUACACAGUAUAAUUUGUUAAUGGGUCACAGCUGUUAAUCUAGAAAGUGUGCUCCCUCCCCACUGACUCAGUGGGCAGUUCCUGGCGCAGGCAGAGGGGAAUUCAGCUUUCAGGCCGAGACAGGAAACGUGCUCACUGAACCAUACAAACAGACAAACGGUCCACAUACACUAGUGGGAAGCAGAGCUUGAGUACACAUCGUUAUCAGUAUUCUUGGUUGUGCUGCAGAGAUGCAUAACAGCAAAUUCCAGUGGUGGACCACUCCUACAUUUACUGAAGUAGCUGACAAGAAGCAACACUGAGAGGGGCGAAAUCCAGCAACCGUUAAAAACUCUAUCAGAGAGCAUUAUGGCUGACCUUCUACCUGGACUACUCAUUUGUCUAAUGGCAGUGCAGACCAUUCAGCAUGACGGGAAUACAAGCAGGACCAACACUGAUAAACCACCUGGUGUGAUACCAAAAACUUUCAAGGGAAGGAUUUCUAAAUUCAACCACACAAACCAGCAAUGGCUGUAUGUGCAACCAGAUGACGCUGCAACACCCUACAUCACAGGGAUCCUCAGUACCUGGGUCAUACCUUCAUCUUACAUACUGGCCAUGCUGGUGGGUAUCCCCUCCAAUGCCUACAUUCUGACCUUCCUCAGAGUGAGACUCAGAGCCAAGUCCUUGUCCACAGUCAUUCUUUACCUGAACCUGGCCUUGUCUGAUCUGCUCCUCCUGUUUUCCCUGGUACUGCGGGUUCACUACCACUUCAACGGAAACAACUGGAUAUUCGGGGAAAUCUCAUGCCGGCUAAUCACAGCCUUGUUUUAUGGCAAUGUUUACUGUUCAGCUCAGACUAUAGCAUGCAUCAGUCUGAAGCGGUACCUGGCUGUGGUCAGACCGUUCUUGUACAGAAGACUUGCUAAGACAACACUGGCAGUGUGGACGUGCUUGAUUGUGUGGUUCCUGUUUGGGGCUGCAAUUGUCCCUGAGCUCCUGGUCAGGCAGAGCUAUCAGGUCACUCAGCUGGGGGUUACCACCUGCCAUGAUGUACUUCCCCUAGAGGAAAAAUCCCAUUCCCCGCUGGUCCCAUACAGGCUCAUGUUGGUUUUUCUGGGCUUCAUAGUGCCCUUCCUGAUUUGUAUCUAUGCCCAUGUAGCAGUGGUAUAUCACCUAGGGCAAUCUGGUUGUGACUGGAGACCAUUUAUCAGGGUCAGCACUCUGGUUUUCAUCAUCUUUGUGGCAUGUUUCUUGCCAAGUGGCAUCCUGCACAUCGCCCACUACAUCCGCCUGUUUUCCAGCGGGGACGACAAACUAUACGGAUACUAUAGAGUAGCAGUGUGUCUGUGCUGCUUCCACAGUUGUCUGGAUCCCUUCCUGUGUAUGCUCAUUUCUAAGACAGCAGCCUCAGAACUACAAUUCAUCUCUUUCCGUGGGAUACCGCAGAGGCUGGCUGUUAUGACGUGAGACUAGAUGUGCACACACAGAAAAAGUAUCGCCUUGCUGAACCAUUGUUGGGACACAGCAGGGAAGUACAAGUCUAGAAACAAUGGUGUGAAAGUUCAAACUGGACACUGUGAAUUUAACAGGGUAAAGAAAUACCACAAUCUCUGCAAGGUCCACAAUAACAUUUGACACAUCUUUGCACAGUAUGAGGAAAGGACUGUGUAACAUAUACAAGCCUCUUGUCAAGCCAG